GGUUCGGGCCCUGCCCGGCUCUCCCGGCGUCGCUCGCGCGCCCGAGUCAAGAUGGAGGAGUACGCGCGGGAGCCCUGCCCCUGGCGAAUUGUGGACGACUGCGGUGGGGCCUUUACCAUGGGCACCAUCGGCGGCGGUAUCUUCCAAGCGGUCAAAGGUUUUCGCAAUUCUCCAGUGGGAGUGAGCCACCGGCUGCGAGGGAGUUUGACAGCCAUCAAAACCAGGGCUCCGCCGUUGGGAGGCAGCUUUGCGGUGUGGGGCGGUCUGUUCUCCAUGAUCGACUGCAGCCUGGUUCAGGUGCGAGGGAAGGAGGACCCCUGGAACUCCAUCACGAGCGGGGCCUUGACCGGAGCCAUCCUGGCCGCCAGAAACGGGCCGGUGGCCAUGGUGGGGUCAGCCGCGAUGGGCGGCAUCCUUCUGGCUCUCAUCGAAGGAGCUGGCAUCUUGCUGACGCGAUUUGCCUCCGCACAGUUCCCCAAUGGGCCUCAGUUUGCGGACGACCCCUCCCAGCUGCCUGCGGCGCCGCUGCCGUCCUCGCCGUUUGGAGACUAUCGGCAGUACCAGUAGGACUUCUCCGCGGCCUCAGGACACCAGUGCCGGCGGUUUCCAGACCGGAGGUGGGACAGCUGCGGCCAAAGAGGCCACGAAGGGACAUUAGCAUUUUUUCUAUUUAAAGGAACACGGGGUGGGGGGUUAAAAGAGAAUCCACUUAUUUAUUCGCCCUGGAGUGCGUUCAUGAUCAGAGUAGCUGUCUGAUGUCUUCAGGAAGAGGCAGGACCACGGGCACACAGCGGUGAGCGUGGCGCCGUCUCCUCUGGGCGUCUGCCGGGCUCGUGUGCUGUCGGUCCGACAAUAAAGCCCCUGGAGAUUGCUCCUUC